GGUAGGGGCCUCGUCCACAGACGUCGCUCUGCAUCUGGGGAAACUGAGGCCCAGCUUGGCCAUGAUACGGGCCGGGAUCAAAGCCUGUGAGGGACCCUUGCGGUAGGAGCGAUGCGGGCUGAGGAGAUGAGGGCUUUAAGGAGCGGGCUUGGGAGUGGGGAAGGGGCUGGAAUGUGGGUGGGUGCGAUCACAGGUAACCUCGGGAACUCUGGGGGGAUCUGCCUGCAAACCUCGACGUAGCCUCUCGGGUCUGGCGCUGGGAGCUUCACAGGCCCGCGAGGAGAUGACACGGAAAGGGUCGAUCGAGGGUGCUGAAUACCAGUCCAGCGGUGCCUGAAGGCCGUGGACUGCAAUGGACAAGGAGACAGUGAAUUCCAGUUAACUAAUGAAGAGGAACUCAAGGAUCGCUGCAACCCAGGAGUUGGAGGCUGCAGUGAGCUAUGAUUGAGCCACCUCACUUCAGCCUGGGCGACAGAGCGAGACCCUGCCUCACGAAAAGAAAAUAAAUAAAAAAAGAAAAAGAACUCAGAGCCUUUGGGCUGGCAUGGAAGGAUUGUGGUUGGUUGCAAGGGCAUUCCAGCCCAGAAAACUGCGUGGGGUAGGAAGGUGGAGUGGUGAUGGCUCAGAAAACAUACCGUUUCAUUUACUGCUCCGACACCGGCUGGGCCGUGGGUGCAGAGGAAUCUGACUUUGAGGGCUGGGCCUUCCCCUUCCCAGGAGUGAUGCUGAUCGAGGACUUUGUGACCCAGGAGGAAGAAGCCGAGUUGGUGCGGCUCAUGGACCGUGACCCCUGGAAGCUCUCCCAGUCUGGACGGAGGAAGCAGGACUAUGGCCCCAAAGUCAACUUUCGGAAACAGAAGCUAAAGACCGAGGGCUUCUGCGGCCUCCCCAGCUUCAGCCGGGAGGUGGUGCGGAGGAUGAGCCUCUACCCGGGGCUGGAGGGCUUCCGGCCCGUCGAGCAGUGCAACCUGGACUACUGCCCCGAGCGCGGCUCUGCCAUCGACCCCCACCUGGACGACGCCUGGCUGUGGGGGGAGCGGCUGGUCAGCCUCAACCUCCUGUCCCCCACCGUGCUGUCCAUGUGUCGGGAGGCACCCGGGAGCCUGCUCCUCUGCUCGGCCCCGUCGGCUGCCCCGGAGGCCUUGGUGGACAGCGUGAUAGCACCCAGCCGGUCGGUGCUAUGCCAGGAGGUGGAGGUGGCCAUCCCCUUACCCGCCCGCUCCCUGCUGGUCCUCACGGGGGCCGCAAGGCACCAGUGGAAGCACGCCAUCCACCGCAGACACAUCGAGGCCCGCCGCGUCUGCGUCACUUUCCGGGAGCUGUCAGCCGAGUUCGGCCCCGGAGGGGGGCAGCAAGAGCUGGGCCAGGAACUGCUGCGAAUUGCCUUCUCCUUCCAGGGAAGACCCGUAUGAGCCGCCUCCCUGGCUCCAGACUUGACUGAUCCUGGGAUUGAAACGGGAAGCACAGGACAGGGCCUCCCGUAACUCACGGGGUUUCAAGAGAAGAUGGGUGACAUGCUGUGAGCGGUGUGAGCCGCACCCGGGAGCGGGUUUUGAUGGGAACGCACCUCGGGGCAGCCCCCUUCCACCUGGACCGUGGCCAUGCUUGUUUUGGUUAUUUAAUUUGUCACAGUCUUGGGGACGUGGGAUCAUUUGAGCUUAAAAAAUAUUGGGGGCCGGGCACGGUGGCUCACGCCUGUAAUCCUAACACUUUGGGAGGCUGAGGUGGGUGGAUCGCUUGAGGUCAGGAGUUCGAGACCAGCCUGGCCAACAUGGUGAAAACCGGUCUCUACAAAAAAUACAAAAAUUAGCCAGGUGUGGUGACUCGCACCUGUAGUCCCAGCUACUUGGGAGGCUAAGGUGGGAGAAUCGCUUGAACCCGGGAGGUGGAGGUUGCAGUGAGCCAAGAUUGCGCCACUGCACUCCAGCCUGGGCGACAGAGCAAGUGUUUCAAAAAAAAGAAGGGAACAUUUUAAAUGAUUUUCACCUUUAUUAUGCAUCUAUUUUCAUGGGGUUUCCUGAUAUCUCACCGUCCAGCCCCUUCAUUUGGGGAAUGUGUUGGAUUAGAGAACAGAGUUGGUUGAAGAUUUGAAGUUUAAAGAGCUGGUAAUAGCUUCAGAGUCAGGCUCAGCCUGACUCAUGCUUGAUACCCCCACGCCCCGGGGGAUUGAGGAUGUGAGGAGGGCAGGGAAAUCUGAGAGCCUCCUCCCAGCCCCAUAAUGCUGUUAACAUGUGGGAAAAAUUAAAGCUCCCGGCCAGGUACAGUGGCUCA